CGCCGCGUUGUGCGUACGUUUCUCGGGUCGUUCGUGAUUUCCCGUGGAUUUAUUCAAUUUUUGAAACAAACUCUCCCCGAUACACCGUUCAUUAUCGAGUGGAUCGGCGCAAAUGUUUGUGAUUAUUAUCGGUGAGUGAAAUAUUUCCGACAAUUGAUAAAACAUUGUUAGUCUAACUCGACGAAGGCGAUUGAAUCGGGGGAAAUAUGAUGAACAUCAUUGCAAAUUGUAGGAGAAAUGAUCAAGUGUUUUGACAAAGUGAAUUAGGUGAAUUAAAUUGAACUAAUGUAUAUUAAAUGUUCUAUAGGUGUUGAAUAAUAUCAGUGAUAAUUCAAUUGUGAUAGGUUAAAUGUUAAAUUAAGAUAGAUUUUUGAGGAGAACAUUGGGUGAGUUGUGCGAGUGAAAAGCGUUCUUCCUAGAAUUCCGAGGCCGCGAGAACUACCAAAACAAAGGGGCUGGUAAAGCGAAUCGACCAAAACAAUCGGCUGUAAUAAUCCGAUACGAACUAUCUCCCUGUGCCCCUAUUUAUUCACCAGCCUCGGUGUGACUACAGAGUGCCGUGUUUUUCUGUUAUCAAGUGCUAUUGUGAAUUAAUAAUCCAACGAUUAUAAAAGUUAGAAGUGCAAGUACGAUGAUUGUGUUGCAGUGAUAAACGGUUACAUACCGGCUGAAAUAUUUUAAUUAGAAUAUUGAAUAAUAAGUGCAUUGGAUACGACCGAAAAUGAAGCAGCCCCUGUUGAUUGCGGUGAUCCUCGUCGUGCUGGGAGUUGCAGUAAAAGGUCAAUUUCGCUCACCGCGAAUAACGGAACAUCCAUCGGAUAUAACAGUAGCAAAAAAUGAGCCAGUCACCCUGAACUGCAAAGCAGAGGGUAAACCAGAGCCAACGAUAGAGUGGUAUAAAGAUGGUGAGCCGGUGCAAACAUCACCCGGUGAUGCCAAGUCACAUCGUGUACUACUGCCAACCGGAUCCCUCUUCUUCCUACGUGUGAUGCAUGGAAAAAAGGAGCAGGACGGCGGUGUCUACUGGUGUGUUGCUAAGAAUCAAGCGGGCAGUGUCAGCAGUAGGAAUGCCACCCUCACCGUAGCAGUUCUGCGUGAUGAAUUUCGAGCCCAGCCUCAGAACACCCGAGUAGCUGCUGGUGAGACAGCCCUCCUCGAGUGUGGCCCACCACGGGGUCAUCCAGAGCCCACCCUCCAGUGGAAGAGGAAUGGUCAUGUCAUAGACUUUGAGACAACCAAGAGAAUAACCUUGGUGGACGGUGGAAACUUGAUGAUAUCAGAUGUCCGACAAACUGAUCAAGGAAAAUAUCAGUGCGUCGCUCACAAUAUGGUGGGUGAUAAGGAAUCAGCAGUGGCAACAUUGACAGUUCACGUAAAACCCUCCUUCCAGUCAACACCGGAGAAUCAGACAGUUUUGGUGGAUACAACAGCCCAAUUUGCGUGUCGCGUGAGUGGUGAUCCACCACCCGAAAUUCUCUGGCGAAGACACGAUGGAAAAAUGCCAAUUGGACGUGCCCACAUUCUUGAUGACAAGAGCCUGAAGAUUGAGCGUGUUACACCCCAGGACGCUGGGACAUACAUUUGCGAUGCUGAAAAUGGAGUCGGGGCGAUUUCCGCCAGUGCAACCCUCACCGUACACUCGCGUCCAGUCUUUACGGAUUUUCCAAAGGACGAGAUUGUCAGUACAGGCUCAGACGUAUCAUUCGCUUGUUCGGCCCGAGGGGCCCCAAAGCCUUCGAUAUUCUGGUCCCGAGAAGGAUCACAAGAGCUGAUGUUCCCGGGCAAUGUUUAUCAGGGUCGCUACACUAUAAAUGAGGACGGCUCAAUGCACAUAAAACAAGUCAAUAAAAAGGACGAGGGACACUACGUGUGCAGCGCCAUAAGCCAGGCUGGUGCCAGCACAGCAACAAUAUUUCUCCAGGUAACUCCAAUCGAGGAAGUCCCUCCACCAAUAAUAGAACUUGGUCCAGCCAAUCAGACAUUACCAGUGAAGAGCACAGCGUAUUUACCCUGCCGUGCGGUUGGUACUCCCACCCCUCGAGUCCAGUGGCACAAGGACGGUGUCCUCAUCUCCCUGGGUAAUCGAAUAACAAUGUCGAGCAAUGGUACACUCAUCAUUGACGAACUCCAGUCAGCAGACUCGGGUCUGUACACAUGCAUAGCCUCGUCAGAAUCGGGAAAUACAUCUUGGUCAGCAACAUUGUCAGUGAGUGCAUCGACAACAUUGCAUAAAACCCCGGAUAUGUCAUCACUCCCCCAAAAUCCGAGUAAACCAAGAAUCGUUAACAUAACAAGUACAUCUGUAACGCUGACAUGGAGUCCAGGUCACGAGGGUAAAAGUAAGAUAAUCGGUUACAACAUAGAGUACUUCAGCAGCAAUCUCAACACAGGCUGGGUGAUAGCAGCUACCGGAGUGAUAGACGACACUUACACAGUGAUGGAUUUAAAGCCCGAUACGAAGUACGUCUUCCUCGUACGUGCGGAAAAUAGCCAGGGGCUAUCACUGCCAGGUCCUCUGUCCGACAUUGCCCACACUACCAGUCAGAAUCAGUAUUCAGUACCUCAAAUGGAAUUAAUCCGUGCACGAGAUCGACUGAACAGUGAAAUACUGCACCUGAAGGAGGUGCAAGCCCUCACCAGUACAAGUGUGAAAAUUAUCUGGGACAUUCUCGGUGCAGCUGACCUCGUUGAAGGCCUCUACAUAAGAUACCGAGAGAUAUCGGACAAGCCUGAGUACCAGAUGGUGACGGUGAUGAACGCUGGAGCGACGAGUUAUGUUCUGACUAAUCUCAAGAAGUACACGAUGUACGAAUUUUUCCUCGUCCCCUUCUACAAGACGAUAGAAGGACGACCGAGUAAUGUGAAGCUUGCGACAACCCUGGAGGACGUGCCCUCGGGAGCACCUGAGAACGUUCACGUUGGCAUGAUCAACAUGACGUCUGCUUUCGUCAGGUGGGAGGCACCACCGAAGGGGGAUCAGAACGGAGAACUCAUUGGAUACAGAAUACAGAUAAAAAGCAACAGUAGCAAUAAAAUAUUGGGACAAAUGCCUCUGAAUGCAACGACAACUUCCGUGAUCAUCAAUAGUUUGACAACCGGUGGUCUUUAUACCGCAAGAGUUGCAGCGUCAACUCGAGCAGGACUUGGUCCAUUCUCAAGUCCAACGUUACUCAAUAUGGACCCAGGACAAUUGACACAAUUGCCACCGAAAACUGAUCCUAGUCACGGGGGAAUAUCGAUUGUUUCCGAAACGUGGUUUCUCAUUCUGAUGAUAACAAUGGUAUUCACUAUCGUCGCAGGAUUGGUUGGGGUUCUUUAUGUCCGCAGACGACAGGCAAUGAGCAAACAAUUGGGACACCUCAAUGUACCCGUGGGUACAGCGAGUGAUAUUUGUCAAUUGAAUAAGGAUACGCUGUGGCUGGAGAGAGGCUGGAGACCGACCAAUACUCUCCAGGGAUCCACUGACAAAGACUGUGAGACGAAAUUGCUGAAUAAUCAGCAGAUGCUUGCACCGGGAAUUGUGAGUAUGGCGGGCUCUGAGUACGCUGAGGUGAACUUGACGACUUUCUACAAUGCGAGAAAACCACUGCAAGCACCACCAGAGCCGUACGCAACGACAACGCUAUGCGUGGGUAACAGAAGUCCCGAUUCCAUGGAUGGGAGUGGACAAAAAUCAAAUUCGAGUGAUUCCUGCGUUAAACCAGAUUACUCGAAUCUCGACUCUAAUCAAGAUCACAACCAGUCGACGUUAUCACCGAGCAGUGAUAACGCAAGCAGUGUGUAUACAGAUGAAAAUGCCGAUAUUCAGCGACGACCGCAGUAUAGAAUACCUACGAAUGAGAAUCAACCGAAUCAAGGGGGCAUGCCAAAUUGGUGCGAUAUGCUACCACCACCCCCAGAGCACCCACCACCCACUGGAACGUCAUUAUCCAGUAGAAUGCAGCAACAAAUAGUUGCAUUCAGUCCUCACCUUGGUAAGAGGAAUGUGCAAAAUGACCUGGACGCUACGAAUUCAGGGAAUUCUCAGAGUCCACCUACCCCACCUGUCAGAGUUGGCAAUAAUUUUUCAUCAUCACCGACACCCUGGAAUGGUCUACAACACGAUAAUCAUGUGAAUCAUCAGCAGGGGAGGUACACAACACUUCCACCGCAGACCAAUCCACCACCGGUACCAUCAUUCCCUCAGGGAUUCAAUCAUUAUGACUACAAAAAUCAGGAGAACGAGUACGAGAGUGGAUCAGUCAUCUAUGGCCAUCAGAAUGGCAUUAAGGAGGACUACAGGCCCCACGAUGGUGGCUACAGCCAUCCUAACUUGCCUAAUCAUGGACCACAUGGCGAAGGUCAUUACCGACACAACGACGAAAUCUUUAGAAAUGACAAUCUCUAUCAGCCUGAUAACGAAGAGUGGGAUAGAAAAUCGUGCGACUCCAAUACUCAUUCUGAGCUUUGCUGCUCUUGCUCUGAGUCGAGCUGCCUUUAUGCCGAUACUAUCGAGUAUAAUGGUCAAUUUGGAACUGGCUGUGGGCACAGAAACAGCUCCAGGAGCAGGACGAACCGAAGCCCACGGAGGAGAACCAAUCGCACGUCAUCGCCGACGUAUAGCAGUGACAGUAAUUACUCGUGUAUUCCUAAGAGACAGUGCGGCCCAGGAAAUUCCCAGGAAAGGCUCAGGCACAAUCGCAGUAAAGACAAAGUGCCUAGUUUCCCAAGAACUGGCUACAAUCAGCACAACUCCUCGGCCUCGAAUACAAUGAGUAGCUCUGGCAGCCAGAGGUACAACAAGCUCAACAGUCUUUUCAAUCCAAACGGUCCAACCGAGACAAGUCGACUGAGCGAUCAUCGGGAUAGCUAAGCAAUAUGGAGUAUUCGACUUAACGAGCACUAUCCUAUUUUCAAAAAGCACAAAUGACAUUUUAACAACCUACCUAGCAGCCAUACUGAGCCAUAAAGGAUAAUUGGUAUUACCAUUUAUUCCUUCAUUAAAUGCCAUUAAUACCUGCUGAUCUGCGUUACGUAUGAAAAAUGAUUAAAAAAAAUAUGAACGUGGCAUUUAUUUUUCAUUAGCCUGUAAAUUUCUCCCUCGUCACGACAAAUAACUGACAUUAUUUUCGAUAACGUUCCUAUCUCCUAAGAGGACAAGAAAAAAUAAUACAAUUUAUUCGGUAUGAAGUAAUCGUACAGUGUCUCUUCCAAAAUAAAUAAAACAAAUAACUUACUGAUAGUAUGUUAACGUGUGAUGGGAGAGCGUGAGGUGCAUAAUCAUAUCAAGUGUUUUUUUUUGUAAAGAUUGUACAAAGUUAAUCAUGGGGAUUAGUCACUAGAUGUUAAUUAACAGUACUGUUAAGGUUAAUCCGUAAGUAGUGGGGGAUAUAAAUAGUAGGAUAAACUAGGGGAAACGUUUCUGUAAGCCACACUGCGUUUAAUACCCUGACAAAUAAGUGAGAAUGUGAUUUAAAGCGUUUGAUCAGUCAUUCGCUGCUUAUUAAUGUUUCGAAGGUGCAUUCAUAAACUUCUGAUGCUUCCAGAGGGCCUCAGAGAGAGCCGCGAAGUAGGGCAACUCUUCGUUAAUUGUAAAGUUUCUGUGGAAUCUCGUGAACUAGGGCCAGUUUUUUGGUUGUGUUAAUCAUGAUUAACUGGUGGGUUAAGUCCCCCCUUCACUGAUUCUAACCAAUCAGAAAUCCUAACCUUUAAUUAAGCCAACAGUUAAUCGUGAGUAAAGUUAACCCAGACAACUGCUCCUUAAUCUGUUCAAUUGUCCUCACGAGAUGUUGUCUUUAUCGAUUGAGACGAUUUGCCUCGUUAAAAUACCUUCUGAAUUGUAGAUAAAGUCCUGUGAAUACAGAUACAUAAGACAUAUUAAUCCUAAUGUAGGUUAAGUAAUUCAAUCUAGUGUGGUUCAAUAUCCAAAAUUAUGUACAUUGUUUUCUCACUGUUUAUUUUUUUUGGUGAAGUUAAGUCACACGUAAGUAGAUAACCCCGAUGCCAUGUAAUCGCUCAAAUUAAAUGUAAUUAGUCGAUAUAUCAUUAGAUAAUGGUUAAACUACCCAAUAGAAGUUGUGUAAUAAAAUUCGUACAAUCGAGUCGAGUAUUGAUUGGCAAUAAGUUUUAAUCACUGCCACACUUCCGAGACUUUAAUAAUGAAUCCGGCAAUAGAUGAUAAAUCAUGACUGUUCAAUUUUUUCGCCAAAUACUCGACAAAUUGUAUUCAACAGAAUCACCAACUGUGCAAAAUCCAUCCACGACGAAGUAAUCACGGACUCAUAAUCGAGGAAAAAUGUACUAGUUAGAGAUCUGUACUUUAGAAUAUUAAUGAGAUAAAUUAAUCACUGGAGAACAUCGAACCAUUCUGCCAAUUGACAAUUCGAAGAGAUGAAUAAUGUAUUAUUUUUAUAAUUGAGAUGAAUUUCACUGGAGUUGACAGAAUGGCUCGUAUAAUUUUGUAAAAUAAACGUUGUAAUAAGCCAGUUGAUUUAAUAAUUAAUGAUUGGGGGGAAGCCUUUGUCUAGGUGCACAGUGGGAAUAAACGUACUAUAUACUAUAUACUGGGCAUGAAGAGAGCGAGCAUGGAAGAGUGAAUCUCUAGUAAUCGAAAUUGGAUUAAUUGUAUGCGUAGACAAACGCCAUCGAGAUAAAUUAUUUCUAAUACGUCUGAAAGAAAAUUAAUUGAAAAAUGUACUCGUCGGAAUAAUUUUCUCUGCAAGAAUUUUACCAAAAAAUUCCACUGAUUUAUAGAAAAAGUCUAUAAUUUUUUCAUUUUACUGUGAUUUCUAGGGAUGAAUAAUUUAUUCCCUAUUUUAAUAAAUGACAAAAAAAAGUAAUACCAUGCAAAGAAAUGACAAUUUGACGAGAAAGAUACACUUCAAUAUAAGUUAUUAAGAAAGCGGGAUUUUUCAUUGAAUUUUUUUCAUACGUAUUGAUGAAUGAAAAAGUAGACUUGGCAGCUAUGUAGCUACAGCCUCGUUAUUCAUAUCACUAUAACGUAACGAAGAACGUUUAGAAUUGGUAUAAUUAUGGAGAUGCAUGAAACAAACAUGAAGACUGGGUUGUAUUUAAUAACGUUGCCGGAUAAGCUCGGAAGUGUACACUAAAGGCUGAGACGAGUGUUAUCAUAUAAUUAUAUUAUUUAACGAUAAAAUGAAUACUGAAUUUUCCUCCUAUCCCUUUGACACUGUGUAAAUAUCGUGAAAUAAAGACGAAAGGUAAAUGUUUUAUAUAGGAUUAUAAUUUAUUUAUUAUAAAAGAAGAAAUAUAGUGCGAUUGAGAUUGACUAAUGGAAAAUACUGUGAAUUAUAUUGAUGAAAUGAAACUGCAUAAUACGAGAUGAGCAACUACAAACACCCAAAACACACAUGACUGUAGAUAAUUUAUAACAAUCGCUAUUGUCAAGUACUACGUGUACAUAUUUAUAUGUGUAUGUAUGCAUCAUGUGGAUACAUAUACGUAUAUUUAUCAUUGCAUAUUACACUAAUAAACGAUAAAUAAAACGUAAUGUUAAAAAUUUAA